CGGGCCCGCUGACCGCGUCCCGCCGAGGGCUCCCCGCGGCCAUGGCGCCCGCCUGGCCCUGGCUGCUGCUGUGGCUGGGCGUUCUCCGCGCCCUCCCGGCCCCGCCGCGCAUCCGGCUGCCGCUGCGGGGCGGCGCGGCCCCGCCGUCGGGGCUCCGGCAGCGCCGGGCGCCGCUGGACACCGAGCCCGACAGCGCCGGCAGCUUCGUGGAGAUGAUCGACAACCUGCGCGGCAAGUCCGGGCAGGGGUACUACGUGGAGAUGACGGUGGGCAGCCCCCCGCAGAAGCUGAAUAUCCUGGUGGACACAGGGAGCAGUAACUUCGCUGUGGGAGCUGCACCACACCCCUUCCUCCGGAGAUACUACCAGCGGCAGCUGUCCAGCACCUACCGCGACCUGCGGAAGGGAGUGUACGUGCCCUACACCCAGGGCAAGUGGGAAGGGGAGCUGGGCACUGACCUUGUCACCAUCCCCCACGGCCCCAACGUCACUGUCAGAGCCAACAUCGCUGCCAUCACGGAGUCAGACAAAUUCUUCAUCAACGGCUCCAACUGGGAGGGGAUCCUGGGGCUGGCGUAUGCUGAGAUUGCCCGGCCCGACGACAGCCUGGAGCCCUUCUUUGACUCCCUGGUGAAGCAGACACGGGUGCCCAACAUCUUCUCCCUGCAGCUGUGUGGGACAGGCUUCUCUCCCAACGACACAGAGGCCGUGGCCUCGGUGGGAGGCAGCAUGAUCAUCGGUGGCAUCGACCGCUCGCUGUACGUGGGUGACAUCUGGUACACCCCCAUCCGCAAGGAGUGGUACUACGAGGUCAUCAUCGUCAAGCUGGAGGUCAACGGGCAGGACCUGAACAUGGACUGCAAGGAGUACAACUACGACAAGAGCAUUGUGGACAGCGGGACCACCAACCUCAGGCUGCCGAAGAAGGUGUUUGAGGCUGCAGUGAAAUCCAUCAAGACAGCAUCUUCGACGGAGAAAUUCCCAGACGGCUUCUGGCUGGGGGAGCAGCUGGUUUGCUGGCAGGUCGGCACCACCCCCUGGCACAUCUUCCCCGUCCUGUCCCUCUACCUGAUGGGGGAGGCCACCAACCAGUCCUUCCGGAUCACCAUCCUGCCCCAGCAAUACCUGCGCCCGGUGGAGGACGUGGCCACCUCUCAGGACGACUGCUACAAGUUUGCCAUCUCCCAGUCCUCCACCGGCACCGUCAUGGGCGCCGUGAUCAUGGAGGGUUUCUACGUGGUGUUCGACCGCGCCCGCAAGCGCAUCGGCUUCGCCGUCAGCGCCUGCCACGUGCACGACGAGUUCCGGACGGCCGCGGUGGACGGGCCCCACCUGCACUCCAACAUGGAGGACUGCGGCUACAACAUCCCGCAGACGGACGAGUCCACCCUGAUGACCAUCGCCUACGUCAUGGCGGCCAUCUGCGCCCUCUUCAUGCUGCCCCUGUGCCUCAUGGUGUUCCAGUGGCGCUGCUUCCGCUGCCUGCGGCGGGACCACGACGACUUCGCCGACGACAUCUCCUUGCUGAAGUGACGGCGGAGCGCGGGCGCAGCCCCGGGCCGCAGGUGAGGCAGCAGGGCAGGGGCCUUGCUGCGGGGGCUGGAGUGUGGCAGCAGCGUGGGGAGCUCAGACCCUGUGCCCGGGGCCUGGGGACACGGUGUCCGUCAGGGCCAGCGGCCGGGGCAGCCCCAGGCCCGGGCUCCGUUCGUCUGGGACUGCAGCCGGGCAGUGGGAGAGCUCAGCAACCCCAUCCUGGGAGCUGGAGGCAGCUGCUCUGCUCCAGCACCAGGACAGGACCAAGCUCUCCCACCCAGCCUUGCCUGGCUUGAUGGAGUGACGCUGAUGAGCCAUCCCCUGCCUGUCCUCCUCCAUCCCUGUGCGUCCCUUUCCAUCUCGCCCCGCCGGGAAGCUGCCAGCCCACGCUCUCUUGUAGGGAGCUGUGCUGCAGCUGUGCCUCCCCUGUGACUCCCUGCACUGAGCCAGACUCCAGGGAUCAUCCUGGAGCCAUCCAGCCUCGGGCUUUUCAGAGACAGCCCUGCAGGGCCAGCCUGGGCUGCCCGGACAGGGCUUUCCCUCCUACCCUGCUGCCCCUACACCGCUCACUGUCACAUUUCCCCUGCGUUUUCCUGCCUUCCUGAGCUGUUCUGCCGCUGCUGCCAGCCCCAGGACUCCCUGCACCCUCCUGGGGCAGGCAGGAGCAGGCACCCAUCCUCUCCUGGGGCAGGCAGGAGCAGGCACCCAUCCUCUCCUGGGACAGGCAGGAGCAGGCACCCAUCCUCUCCUGGGACAGGCAGGAGCAGGCACCCAUCCUCUCCUGGGACAGGCAGGAGCUGGCACCCAUCCUCUCCCCACAUCACAUGGGAUGGGAAACUCCCUGCCCUGGCUUCCAGCAUCAGCAGGGGCUGCCGUGCAGAAGCCAGUGCCAGGUGUGAAGUUCCCAGCCCUGGCACCGGCUGCUCCCCAGCCCACCCAGCCCUUCGAAAGCCAUAGGGGAGCCUGGGCCCCCCCUGCAGCCCCCCACCUCACCGCCGGCACAGCAGCUCCUCCCUGCUCACUCCACACGUCCAGGCCUGGCUGUGAGACGCCCUGGCACGCCGGGGACAGGCGGCAGCUGCGGGAACUGCAGCAUUUAUUGUUUUGUAAACACAUGGUUGUAUUUAUUUUGGUUUUGUUUUUUUUUUUUACAAAGCGUGUCAGUGGUAGCGCAGCUGCGCGUUGAGAGCGUGUACAGAGCCGGUCCCACGUGUACAGAGCACGGCUGCCUCUCACCUGUACAGUAUAUCCAUACAUCUCUAUUUUUACUUCUAGCCCUGAAAGCCACUGUUCCAACAUUAGGGGUCAGUCCUGUUUUGUUUUGGGGUUUUUUUUAAAUCUUUUUAGCCUUCUGCUCAGUCCUCAGCCACUGUGGGCACCAGGGCUCACGCUGAGCCACGUGUGAGCACGUGAUGGGGAGGGGGUCCCAGCUGGCUUGAGGAGGGGGUGCAGGGCUGGAGCACGCAGAGCAGUGGCUCACAAGCCCAGAAGGCACCUCUGUCCUCAGAGAGGAUUUUCCAGUGUGUGAGGACAGCCCCCUCCUCCCCGUGCUGCAGGAUCACCGUCCCUUCCCCAGAGCAGACACCCGUGACCUUGCAGGCAGUGCUAGUGCUGUAUUCCCUUGCUUCUCUGCCUCCAGCCUGGGUGGGACAGAGCUCAGACACGGAGAUUCCACAACGAAAAGGCAUCACUCCUCCAUGAACAAAGAGGGGAUACCUGCAGUGCCGGGUCAGGCAGGGACAGACUGAGCACCCACAGCAAUCACCGAGCUUAGAGCUUGUUAAUCAAACCCUGCAGCCAAACGUUUCUCUGGGAAGGCAGCGAGGGAGCCAGGAAACACAGGCAGAGCGUGAGACCAGCCAGCCCUGCACGGGGCACAGCCACAACAGCUCCCACACUGCCCCUGCUCACACAGAGCCCCCCGGCCCCAGCCUCGCUCCAAACCCCACUCCCUGCAAGAGGGCAACGUUCUCCCCUUUGUCCUCGUGCCUGCCCAGGACCCCCAGGACCCCAGAGACUCUGUUGUGGACCACUGCCUUAAAACACAGCCCUGUGGCAGGCGAGCACCGGGGGCUGCCCUGGCCUCCCUGCGGGGCAGAGGGGCUGCCAGCCGUGCCCAGCCCCUGCCGCAGACCCAGGAACAGGGGGGCGAUUUUUAGAGAGUCAUUGCAAGAUUUUCAGCGGUGCUGAGCACCUCGCAAUCCCACUGAGAUCCAUGGAGAAAGGGUUGGUGAGUCAGCCCGUGCUUUGGGAGGAAGGACAGCAGAGGGGGACGCAGGAGUUGUGUGACAGGUUGGUUUAUCCCGAGCUGCAGCGCAGCCGCGUCCCUGCGCUCCCUCCCCGGGCCCGGUGACAGCAGGGGAUGGGACAGGACAGGACAGGACCGUGGGCUGUCGCUGGAGGCUCCAGUACUCUGUAACCCAGUGUCUAUGUAAGAACAAUGAAUGUUAACACGGUAAAUUAUUAUGACAUUAAAAUAAACGACCACAAAAAAA